AUGUUCUACGACCUCAACGUACCCUGGCCAUCCACAUCGGCCAACGCCUCGUCCUCGUCCUCAUCCUCGUCAUCGGCAGCGGCCGGCAAGAAAAAGCCAAAGCCAGCAGCAGGCGCACCACAGCAAGCCACUCCGUCCGAUCCAAAGGGCAAGGCGACCAGCAACGGCGGCAGCACCACCGACCCGCUAUCGAGCCUCGGCGACGCAGGCGCCGUCGCCACCCUCACCGAGCUCACCCACGACCUCGCAUCCCUGGGAUACAGCACCAUCGCCUACAACCUCAACGUACACACCCGCUUCGAUCCCGCCGUACACGCCAACCCCUUUUCACCCACGCCAGAGGGGAAACCCACCGUCGCCUUCCCCGCCCUCGAUCCGCGCACCUCUGCACCGCCAUCCUCCUCCUCCUCCUCCUCCUCCUCCUCCUCCUCUUCCUCCUCCAGCGCCGCACGAGCCGCCACGACAGCAACGGCGAUACCGGGGCAGAGCCUCACCCAGCUCUCCCGCCUCACCCUCACCCUCACCGAGGCCUCGCUCCAGCCACCGGGCCACGGCAUGCUCACAUCGCACGCGACCGCGCUCAUGAGCUACGACCUCCUCUCCGUCCAGCCAACGUCCGAGGCCACCUUCCAGCACGCCUGCCUCACCCUCUCGGAGCUCCGCCCCUUUGCCAUCGACAUCAUCUCGCUCGACCUCGCUUCCACCCCGCGCCUCCCCUGGCUCCUCCGCCGCACCACCAUCAACGCCGCACUCGAGAACGGAGUCAUGUUCGAGGUAUGCUACUCAUCCGCCCUCUCCUCCUCCACCCCGGGCAGCGGCGCAGCGGGAGGAGGAGGAGGAGGGGGCGACGCCUCGGCGCAUCUCAAGUCGCGGCGCAACCUCAUCGCCAACACGCGCGACCUGCUGCGCAUCACCAACGGGCGGGGCGUCAUCUUUUCCAGCGGCGCCAUGAGCGCUCUCGCGCUGCGCGGGCCCUACGACGUCGUCAACCUCGCAAACGUCUUUGGCAUGUCGCCCCAGGCCGCCCGCGAUGCCGUCAGCGAGAACCCGAGGCAGCUCAUCGUGCGCGCCCGUACCCGCAAGUCGUAUCGCGGCGUCGUCGGCCCCCCCGUCGUCCUGGCCGCCGCCUCUCAGACAGAGGCACCACUGUCGGCCCCCGCCGCCACCUCUGCAGCGAGCGCGACAAGAAAGAGGAAGCAGGUCGACGGUGACGGCGACGGCAAUGGCGAUGAGACCCCCAGGGGCGAGGCGCAACCUGCCGCCCCAUCGCAGCAGCCGCCAAAGGACAAGGGCAAGGCCAAGGAACCGAAACCGGCCGGUGGCAGUAGUGGCGGCGGCAAGAAGCGACGGCUGCAGGCAUGA